AUGAGUUGCUUCAGCUGUUGUGAAGAAGAUGACUACCAGAAGCAUGCUGAAAGUGGAGGACAGCAUCUUGUAAAAAACUCAACAGGAAAUGAUGGAAAUGGUCGCGCAUCUGAAAUUGCAAAGCAGGGCAUGCAAGCUGUUAAAAUUCAGCCCAUUGAAGUUCCUGAAUUACCGGUGGAUGAACUCAAAGAAAUCACUGAUGGCUUUGGAGAAAAUUCUUUGAUUGGAGAGGGAUCCUAUGGCAGAGUGUAUUAUGGUGUUCUGAAAAGUGAGCAGGCUGCAGCAAUCAAGAAAUUAGAUGCCAGUAAACAGCCUGAUGACGAGUUUUUGGCCCAGGUUUCAAUGGUUUCACGUCUGAAGCAUGACAAUUUUGUUCAAUUGCUUGGUUAUUGCAUUGAUGGAAACUCCCGAAUUCUUGCUUAUGAGUUUGCUUCAAAUGGAUCUCUUCAUGAUAUUUUACACGGCAGAAAAGGAGUUAAAGGAGCACAGCCUGGUCCUGUUCUAACAUGGACACAGAGAGUUAAAAUUGCUGUAGGGGCUGCCAAAGGACUUGAGUACUUGCAUGAGAGGGCUGAUCCCCACAUUAUCCAUCGGGACAUCAAGUCAAGCAAUGUACUCAUCUUUGACGAUGAUGUUGCCAAAAUUGCAGAUUUUGAUUUGUCAAAUCAGGCUCCUGACAUGGCAGCACGUCUCCAUUCCACCCGUGUCCUCGGAACCUUUGGGUAUCAUGCACCAGAAUAUGCAAUGACUGGUCAAUUGAAUGCUAAGAGUGAUGUAUACAGCUUUGGUGUUGUUCUUUUGGAACUUUUGACAGGAAGGAAGCCUGUUGAUCAUACACUACCACGUGGGCAGCAGAGCCUGGUUACUUGGGCUACACCGAGACUCAGUGAGGAUAAAGUCAGACAGUGUGUAGAUGCAAGACUAGGAGGAGAUUACCCACCCAAAGCUGUUGCUAAGAUGGCUGCAGUUGCUGCCCUGUGCGUGCAAUAUGAAGCUGAUUUCAGACCAAACAUGAGCAUUGUAGUCAAAGCUCUUCAACCUUUAUUGAACACAAGACAUGGGCCUGCUGGUGAAACUCCAAACUAA